CCCAUAUCUAUCAAUCUGCUCUUUCUCGUGCCUCAUUACCUGGCAACUGUCUCGAUAUCCUUUUUUCCCAUGAAGCUCCUUGUCUUCCCAGUCACCCUCUUGACCCGCCAGCAUAGUUAACAUGCAUGUCAUCAGGGCCGAUGUGUUACUGAAAUGAGCAAGCCAAAUUUGUGGUUAAAGCAGUGCAACAUAGGCACGCGAUAGGUCUGUUUUACGAGGGACGAAAUUGCUGUAUGCUUUUCGUCAGGCAGCCAUACUCGAGGGGGCUGCGGGUUGCAAGAAUGAGUGCAACUACCGAAUAAAACAGCGUUGGCCCAUGGGACGAGGGUCGACGGUUGUGUUGUACUACAGUAUUAUGCCACACCAGUUACGGCGGUUUAAUGCAGUCGCGGUAUCUAAACCACACCGGCCGCUCACCGGCAGUGGGGGGGUGGAAUGGGGCAGAGGAACACAGAUUAUUAUCCUCAUGUUGGGGGCCAGAAUCUUACUCGUAGGCCUACGAAGUUGCGUUCAGUGAUUCGCAUCUGAAGUGCCGAGUAGGCCUGGGGGAUGAAGCUUGAGAGAGAGUGGAAGAAAACAGGGGGUAUGCUUGGUACUCCUCAAGUAUUUCUAGAUGGUUAGUCCGGUAGUAAUUAUCACUCGGUCCGCGAAUCUUGGCCUGGCGUGGCGAACGAGUUUGAGCAGUGGUGGGAACUAAUUAUCACGAGAAACCAAGGCGAAAAGCAAAAUCG